UAGAAAAGUAUGGGUCCCACAUGUCAUUCUUAUUUGCUUUCUUCCUCAUCUCCUACUCCUAGCGGCCGCCGCAAGUCCCUCGCCGGCGCGGUGCUCCAACCUCCAAGCCUGCGAGACCUACGUCCUCACGUGCCUCGCUGAGGCCUCCCGUGCCGUGGUCGAGUUCACUGAAGCCCGAGGUCAUCUCAGAGCCGCGCAGCAAACUCCAGUAGCGAUACGAGCGCCGGCCGCCGGAACGGAUGGGGUGGAUCUGGCUGGUCUUCGCGGCGGGAUCCGUGCUCCUCUGGGCGAUCUCUCUGGGGAGGAUCCUCUCCUUCCCCGCGCCGACCUGCGUGCCCCCGAGCCCGCACUUCAUGCGCCCUCUUCGCGGCGGCAGGAGGAGCCGUAACGUGCUGCUGGUCGUCGCCCACCCCGACGACGAGUCCAUGUUCUUCGCUCCAACUAUUCUGUUCCUCAAGUCAAAGGGUCACACUAUUCACAUUCUGUGCAUGUCUCAAGGUAAUGCUGAUGGUCUUGGAAUUACUCGGAAAGAAGAAUUGUACCAUGCCUGCGACACUCUUAAGAUUCCACGUGAACAAGUUAAAGUCUUGGACCACCCGAAAUUGCAGGAUGGAUUUCAUGAGAAAUGGGACCAUGGGCUAUUAGCAGAACUUACCAUGGAGCAUAUCCAGCUGUGGGCCAUCGACACGAUCGUGACAUUUGAUUCAUAUGGAGUAUCAGGCCACCCAAACCACCAAGAUGUUCAUCACGGCAUAUGCAAGUUUCUUCAUGUGAACGGGCAAGGAAACAUUGAGGCUUGGGAACUUGCAAGCCUGAAUAUUCUUCGCAAGUAUAGUGGUCCGCUCGACAUUUGGUUAUCUUGGUUGAUCUCCUUCUCAAGUUCAAAGCAACCAAUCUAUACGCUGGUUAACAGUAGUCCAUCCAGAAGUUAUGAGGCUAUGGCGGCACACAGAAGUCAGUGGGUUUGGUUUAGAAGAUUGUUCAUCAUGUUCUCAAGUUAUACGUACAUUAAUGUGCUGCAGAAACUUUAGCAUGUGACGUCAUAUCAGAACAAGUAAAUAUUCAGCCAUACUUGCCUCCAAUGUUCCUCGUUCUGCACAAGCAACUAUAAAAGCAGAGCUUCUUCCGAAGAAAAAUAUUGGUGGCACCUCAGCAGGGACUUCAGAAACACAAUCGAGGAACGAGGAUGCGCAAGAAUUUAGGAAUGCAGGUGGUUCCUUUUCUUUUAUUGUCUGUAUCAAUUGUUUUCGUUGUCCGUUGUCCGUUGUCCAUAGUCAGUGCCCAUAUGGUGAUGAACUUUGAUC